CUGUCAUGUCAUUCUAAAAUUGUAAUAUGACACUGAAGAAAGUGAGAGGGAAAACUGAAACAGGAAGAACAAUCCUGUUUAGAUUCCCCAAAUUCCAAACGUGAUCCUGAAACCCUAACUAGUCCCUAACUGUGUGGUAUAAUUGUGAAUUAUGGAUGCCAAAGAUACUGGAUUGCCAAAAAACUCAUUCCCCUCUCUUGAGAAGAAGUCUCGACCUCCCAAAGAGUCUCAACGAAAACCUGAUGGCAUUUCGCGCGAGGUGUAUGCGCUUACAGGUGGAUUGGCCCCUCUUAUGCCUUCUAUUGAAGCUUCUCAAUUGAAGAAAAAGCCUCCUCCUGUCGAAAAGAUCACUUGGCAGUGGCUUCCUUUCACCAGCUCUGCCGUAAAAGAUAAUCUUCAACUUUACCACUGGGUGCGAGUUGUCAAUGGUGUUCCUCCCACGGGGGACUAUUCUUUUGCCAAGUAUAAUAAGGCCGUUGAUGUGAUCAAAUACACAGAUGAGGAGUAUGACAAGUUUUUGACAAAUCCUAUGUGGACCAAAGAGGAGACUGAUCAACUAUUUGACCUAUGUGAGAGAUUUGAUCUCCGAUUUGUUGUAAUAGCUGAUAGGUUUCCAUCAUCUCGGACUGUCGAGGAAUUAAAGGAUAGAUAUUAUAGUGUUUCGCGGGCUAUAUUGGUUGCUAGAGCUCCAUCUUCUGGUGAUGUUGCAGCACAUCCUCUUGUUAAGGAACUGUAUAAUGUUUCACAAGAAAUGGAGCGAAAGCGAGCACUGUCCAUGGUCCUCUCUCAAACAAGGCAACAAGAACGCAGAGAUGAAGAGGUUCUUGUUGAAGCAAAAAGAAUAGCUGAAUCUCGCAUUCCACCCAAGGUUGCUGAAGAGUCUCACUUGGCUGCUUCUAAUGCUGGUGCAGAAGCUACAGAAAGAGCUGUCCCUGGUGAAACUGUAUCUCCAUCGAAUGUGCAACUUCCAUCAAUGGUUGUGCCUCCUACAUUAUCAGAUAACGCAUCUACUCUAGCUUCUCUUCGCAUGCUUCGUGUAUAUUUGAGAACAUAUGCACUUGAGCAAAUGGUGCAAGCUGCAAACUCAUCUGCUGGACUUCGGACUAUCAAACGGGUUGAGCAAACCUUGCAAGACCUUGGGGUCAAUUUGAAACCAAGAGUUCCAACAAAAGCUGUUUGUGCGGAGCACCUUGAAUUAAGAAAAGAAAUACUAACUUGGCUUAAUCUCCAGAAACAGGUUCAAUAUAAAGAGGCCGAAGGUUCCUCUUUUCGUGAUGGGUCAUAUGGUGAAACACCUGGCACACCUAAGCAUUUACAUCGUGCUGGGGAUCAGGAUCGAACAUUCAUUCCAGAUGCAAUGAAUUUUGGAGUGGAACGGGUUAGCAAAAAGGACCAAAAGCGUAAGGCACCUGGAGCUCCAUCGGCUCAUAAAAGACCUAGAAAACUAAAGGCCACAGAUCUCUAGUUCCUCUGGUGGAAACCGAGAAAAAGGGUGUUUCAAUUCCAAGAAUAUUUUUAAUCAAAAUUAUGAAUGUGGAAACUGGCUUUGGACUCAACACCUGGAAAUUCUGAUUGUGGUAUAUUUAGUCCAACUGCAGUUCUGUUUACUUCGGUCUGCAAUUUUAGACUAAUGCCACUCUUGCUCUUCAAUGUAAAGAGAAAAUUGAGAUCCCUGGGAUGAAUGAGAUCUCCCAUCUUUAGCAUGUCCUGAGAAGCUUGACUUUAUUUCUCACGCUGAUAAUGCUUUGUAGGGAUACCAGGUACAAAAAUGGCUUCUUAUUUGGAUAUGCAUGUAUAUAAGUUUAGAAACGGGAAUUCCGGAUGUUUUUGAAGGCUUAUGAAUGCUGAAAUAGGGAGCAAUUGGAAAGACUGCAUUGCUUCAUGUUUGUUUCUAAUCGUUUGCACCCUUGCACACCCACUGAGAAUAAUGUUGUGAUAUUUCAAGCUAUAUGAAAAUAAUUUAAUUCAAAUUUGCUGUUGUCUUCGAAAAUUCAUGGAAUAUGACAGGAACUUAGAGGACAAGAGUAGCCAAUUGAUGAACUUUUCUCCUUCCCUUGUUUGGGAUUAUUUUCUUUGUUCUAUAUGCUUGACUCCUUUUCUCCGCAGACAACUCUUUUAUCGAAGCUGCCAAAAUAUGAAAAGAAACACAAAAUGAGAACAAAAGUGAAUUAAGACGAGCAAUAAUUAAAUUUAGUGGAUGACAAUACACUAACAAUUAAAUAAGUGAUUGCUUCGUAAUUGAGGGGUAUUAUUCUGUUAAGCAAAACACUUUAUUCCGUAGGUAGUUGUUGCAAGCCUGUUUGGUGGGUUAUAAACUUAAACACUAUAAUAGUGUUUCGUUUGCUUGCAUCAUUGAGUUUGGUUUGAUUUGGAUCC